AACAUGAAUGAAGAGACGCCACUGCUGUCUGGAAGGACAGCACCUUCUGAAUCCAAGGUCAGUAACACCAGACUGUACCUGGCCGUGUUCUCGGCGGUCCUGGGAAACUUCAACUUUGGUUACUCUCUGGUCUACCCAUCUCCCGUCCUGCCCAAGUUCAAAAGCCCCGAUAUCGACCCUCGGCUCAGGAUGGACACGGUGCAGGCCGCCUGGUUUGGGUCCAUUUACUCCUUGGGCGCGGCGGGCGGUGGGCUGGGGGCUAUGCUGCUCAACGACCUGAUUGGGCGAAAGAUGAGCAUCAUGUUGUCAGCGGUGCCGUCGACCCUCGGGUACAUGCUGAUGGGAGGAGCCGUGGACUUGUGGAUGCUCCAUUUGGGUCGCUUCCUGAACGGCGUUGCCGGGGGGAUGACUGCAGCAUCCAUACCAGUGUACAUCUCAGAGAUCUCCCAUCAAAAGGUCAGAGGAGCUCUGGGCUCCUGCCCUCAGAUCACAGCUGUGUUUGGGACCCUGACACUCUACGCUCUUGGUCUGGUAGUACCGUGGCGGUGGCUGGCGGUGGCUGGGGCUGUGCCGGCUGUGUUGAUGGUUAUCUUGCUGACGUUCAUGCCCUCCUCCCCAAGGAGACUCCUCUCCCUCGGCCGAGAGCAGCACGCAGAAAAAAACCUUCGCUGGCUGAGGGGGAGUCAGUACAACACAGAAGCUGAGCUCCUAGCCAUUCAGCACAGCAUCAACACAAAGGUACGAAUCACCUGGGCUCAGCUGGCCAAUCCCAUCUAUUAUCGACCAAUCCUGAUCUCAGUGGGGAUGCGUUUCCUGCAGCAGAUGACGGGCAUCACACCCAUACUAGUCUACCUGGAGCCCAUUUUUGCCAAGAGUAACGUCUCUCUGGAGCCCAGGUUUGAUGCUGCCAUCGUGGGUGCAGUCCGACUCUUUUCUGUUGUCUUGGCGGCCAGUUUGAUGGACAAGGCAGGACGCAAAGCCCUGCUGUAUACGUCAAGCAUGCUGAUGUUUCUGUCCUCUCUGACCCUGACCAUGAUCUCCCACACCACCCCCUGCCCUCCAGGUCCAGCUCCUCAUAACCUCACCGCUCUGGACUACAGCUCGGGCAGCAUGUUGCAGACCAGUCAGCAAGCGGCUGUGAGCCUGCUCCCCAUCAUCAGCACUGUGGUGUUCAUAUUUGGUUACGCGAUGGGAUGGGGUCCCAUCACAUGGCUGCUGAUGUCAGAGGUGCUGCCGCUGGUUGCUAGGGGCGUGGCUUCAGGUCUGUGCGUCACCGUCAGCUGGUUGACGGCCUUCUUCCUCACAUACAUCUUCACUGACCUGGUGGAGAGCUACGGCCUGUACGCCCCCUACCUGAUCUUCACCAUCGUGUGCGUCUUCUGCCUGCUCUUCAACGCUGUGUGCAUCCCAGAGACUCGCAACCGCUCGCUGGAGGAAAUAGAGAACUAUUUUAGGACUGGACGCACGUUCACCAUCACCCAAAGUCAUCCCAACUUACUACCGAGCUGA